AUGCAACGCUCUCUCAACCGCGACCAGGCGAACGACGUCAACGGCCAUGUCAACGGUGAUGCCAAGCCAAACGGAGCACCGCUGGAGCUCGAUCUGGACGCGGUGGUUAUAGGCGCUGGCUUUGCAGGGGUAUAUCUUCUCUACAAACUUCGAAAAGAAGGUCUUCGAGUGAAGCUCAUCGAAGCUGGGGACGGUCUAGGAGGCAUUUGGUACUGGAACAACUACCCUGGAGCGAGAGUCGACAGCCAGUACCCCAUCUACGCCCUCGCGAUCCCAGAAGUCUACGAGACAUGGCACUGGACCGAGCAAUACCCUGGCUCCGCCGAGCUUCAACGAUACUUCAAGCACAUGGACUCCGUUCUCGACCUCUCUAAGGACACCAUCUUCAACACACGAGUCAGCAGAGCGAGCUGGGAUGAGUCCGCCCACAAAUGGCACAUCACCUGCGACAAUGGCACCCAGAUCACCACACGAUUCAUGAACUGCUGCCUUGGGUUUGCCGCAAAACGACACUUCCCGGAAUGGCCAGGUCUCAGCGACUUCAAGGGCUACAUGUGCCACUCUUCCUUCUGGCCCAACGAGGGCGUCGACAUGAAGGGGAAGAAGAUGGCAGUGGUGGGCAAUGGGGCUACGGGCAUUCAGAUCGCUCAGACUGCGGCGAGAGAGGCGAGCGAGCUGACCGUACUGGUCCGGACGCCAAACACAUGCAUACCAAUGAAUCAGCACGAGGUCGAUCCCGAGCAGGCGAAGAAGGAUUUGGAGACCAUGGGAGACAAGAUUGGCCGUGAGCGGUAUCUCAACCAUGGCGGCUUCCUGAUAGAAGGACAGAAUAAGAACGUGUUUGAUGAUCCAGAGGAGCGGCGGAAGGAAGUUCUCGACAAGGCGCUGGAUGAGGGAGGCUUCAGGGUGUUGUUCCAGUAUGAUGACCUCCUGACGGACGAGAAGGCCAAUCGAUACGUCUACGACCACUUAAUGGCCAGGACGCGAGCUCGCAUGACCGACGAGAGGAAGAAGGACAUCUUAGCACCGUUAGAACCACCGCACCCCUUCGCAGGAAAGCGACCAUCUCUCGAGCAAGACUAUUACGAGCAAAUGGACAAACCUCACGUGAACAUCGUCGACCUGAAGACCAAUCCCGUCUCGCACGUGACAGAAAAUGGCAUCGUGACGAAAGACGGCACUGAAUUUGAACUCGAUAUCAUCGCGAUUGCAACGGGUUUCGAUUCCUUGACUGGCGGCUUCAUGGAAAUCGACUUCACAGGCCUCGACAAUGAGAAGCUCAACAAGAAGUGGACCGGCGAGCGAGGUGCUCUCUCCUAUCUUGGAAUGACGGUUCAUCAGUUCCCGAACAUGUUCUACACCUACGGCCCCCACGCACCGACUGCAUAUGCCAACGGCCCUUCUAUCGUCCAACCGCAGGGCGAUUGGAUUACGGAUGUCAUCAUGAAGAUGCGAAAGGAGGGCAAGACCAAGAUCGAUGCGAAGAAGGACGCAGAGGAGGAGUGGAAGGAGAUGAUCAAUAAGGUAUCAAAAAUCACCCAAGAUUAG